UGUGUGUCGAAGAAACCUGACUGCUCUCUGAGGACAACAGCGGAAAGGGUCCACCGAGCCUUGCGAAAGGUCCGCUGAGCGGGCUCGCAGCCGGGACCACUCCGGGCUGCGGAGCACCCAGCGGAUCCCACGCCUGGCACCGGUGUGGGACCCGUCCUUCCCGUCUUCACCGAGGGGUCCUCGCGUGGAAUAAGCGGCUUUUGAAAACAAAAAGAAGAAAGGGGGGCAGAAGCGGCCAGGAUCCCGGCCCCCAAUCUCAUAGCAGUGAAGCUACACCUGGGAGGUCUCCUCCCACCCCAGCUCUCAACCUGGGGCCCGACUGCCCACCUCCUCCUCCUCCUCCUCCUCCUAACAACCCCUCCUCCUCCAAACACAGUGGCCAAAAGGGCCAGUACAACGCCAACCUGGCCGAGAGAAAGAGAGACGAUCUCUCAGAAGAAAUCAAUUCCUUAAGAGAGAAAGUCAUGAAGCAGUCUGAGGAGAACAACAACCUUCAGAACCAGGUGCAGAAACUCACUGAAGAGAACAGCUCCCUGCGUGAGCAGGUUGAGCCCGCCCCUCAGGCUGAGGACGAGGACCUCGAGCUCUGUGGUGCUGCUGCUGCUGCCGUCCCACCUCCUCCCUGCGAGGAAGAGUGCCCCGAUGACCUACCCGAGAAAUUUGAUGGAAACCCUGACAUGUUGGCUGCUUUCAUGGCCCAGUGCCAGAUCUUCAUGGAAAAGAGCACCAGAGAUUUCUCAGUGGAUCGCGUCCGCGUCUGCUUCGUGACAAGCAUGAUGACCGGCCGUGCAGCCCGCUGGGCCUCUGCAAAGCUGGAGCAAUCCAAUUACCUGAUGCACAACUACCCCGCCUUCAUGAUAGAGAUGAAGCACGUCUUUGAAGAUCCUCAGAGGCGCGAGGCCGCAAAGCGCAAGAUUCGACGUCUGCGCCAAGGCAUGGGCUCUGUCAUCGAUUAUUCCAACGCUUUCCAGAUGAUUGCCCAGGACCUGGAUUGGAACGAGCCUGCACUGAUUGACCAAUACCACGAGGGCCUCAGUGACCACAUUCAGGAGGAGCUCUCCCGCCUGGAAGUUGCCAAGUCUCUGUCCGCACUGAUCGGCCAGUGCAUUCACAUUGAGAGAAGGCUGGCCAGAGCAGCUGCAGCUCGGAAGCCGCGCUCCCCGCCGCCUCGGGCACUGAUGAUGUCUCACUCCUCAGGCCACCACCAGCUGGAUCCCACCGAGCCCGUGGGAGGUGCCCGCAUGCGCUUGACCCAGGAAGAAAAAGAAAGACGCAGAAAGCUGAACCUCUGCCUGUAUUGUGGAACAGGAGGUCACUACGCCGACAGCUGUCCUGCCAAGGCCUCAAAGGCUUCACGCGGGAAACUCCCCGGCCCCGCUGUAGAGGGACCAUCAGCGACCGGGCCAGAACGAAUAAGGUCCCCACGAAAUGAAAUUUCAACCCCACACUUGCAAGUGAUGCUCCAGAUUCAUCUUCCGGGCAGACACACCCUGUUCGUCCGAGCCAUGAUUGACUCUGGUGCUUCCGGCAACUUCAUUGAUCACGAAUAUGUUGCCCAAAAUGGAAUUCCUCUGCGAGUAAAGGAUUGGCCAAUCCUUGUAGAAGCUAUUGAUGGACGCCCCAUAGCAUCGGGUCCAGUGGUCCACGAAACACAUGACCUCAUAGUUGACCUUGGAGAUCACCGUGAGGUGCUGUCAUUCGAUGUGACUCAGUCUCCAUUCUUCCCUGUUGUCCUAGGGGUCCGCUGGCUGAGCACACAUGACCCCAACAUUACAUGGAGCACCAGAUCGAUCGUCUUCGAUUCUGAAUAUUGCCGAUACCACUGCCGGAUGUAUUCUCCACUUCCACCGGCACCUCCACCAGCACCACAACCAUCAAUAUAUUACCCAGUAGAUGGCUACAGAGUUUACCAACCAAUGAGGUAUUAUUAUGUCCAGAAUGUAUACACUCCAGUAGAUGAAAAUGUUUACCCAGACAACCACGUGGCUGACUGCAACGUAGACAUGAUACCAGGAGCACACAGCAUUCCAAGUGGACAUGUUUACUCACUGUCUGAACCUGAAAUGGCUGCUCUUCGAGAUUUUGUGGCAAGAAAUGUGAAAGAUGGGCUGAUUACUCCAACCAUCGCACCCAAUGGAGCCCAAGUCCUCCAAGUGAAAAGGGGCUGGAAGCUGCAAGUUUCUUACGAUAGCCGAGCUCCUAACAGUUUUACCAUCCAGAAUCAGUAUCCUCGGCUGUCUAUUCCAAAUUUAGAUGACCAAGCUCACCUGGCAUCAUAUGUUGAAUAUGUACCACAAAUACCUGCCUAUCAAGCAUACCCCACCUAUACAACAUACCCGACUUAUCCAGUAGGAUUCGCCUGGUACCCAGUGGGAAGAGAUGGGCAUGGGCGGUCACUGUAUGUACCUGUUAUGAUCACCUGGAAUCCACAUUGGUACCGCCAGCCUCCGGUACCUCAGUACCCACCGCCCCCACCACCGCCUCCACCACCGCCACCGCCACCGCCAUCUUACAGCGCCAUGUAA